UCACCGCGCUUUUUGGUGGGAGGGUGAGAGUCUUUUUGCGCUUGGCGACUCUUGCGUUGCGCCUUGAUAAAGACGAAGCCCCUUGCGCCCAGGAAACCCGCGCCUUACUCAAGUCACGCUCAACCUUGGCGACUUGUCCUUUCCUUGUACCAUAUCUUGUCGUCGACUUCACUUCAUCGAAGCUCGACAACUACAAUGGCUGGCCGAACGGCAGGAGGCAACUCUGCCUUCCACAACUUCCACAAUGACUACGCUCACAUCGCCGACCCGAACGAGCGCCGCAGACUCGCGCUUGCUGAGAUCGACAAGGCUCCUUUCGGCUGGUACCACAUUCGCGCCAUCGUUGUCGCUGGUAUCGGUUUCUUCACUGAUGCUUACGAUAUUUUCGCCAUCGGCAUGGUCACGACCAUGUUGGGUGUCGUCUACUGGAACAGCACCAGAAUCGCCACGGCAAAACGUGGUAUGAUUCCCGCCUCCGCCGACACCGCUAUCAAAGCUGCCACCUCCGCUGGCACGGUUAUCGGUCAGCUUGGUUUCGGUUACUUGGCCGAUCAGGUCGGUCGCAAGAGGAUGUAUGGUCUCGAGCUCAUCGUCAUCAUCUUCGCCACUCUCGCCCAGGCUCUCACUUCUCGCUCGCCAGCCAUCACCAUUGUCGGUGUCAUCAUCUUCUGGCGUGUGUUGAUGGGCGUCGGUAUCGGUGGUGAUUACCCGCUCUCCUCCAUCAUCACCUCCGAGUUCGCUACUACCAAGUGGCGUGGUGCCAUGAUGGGCUCCGUGUUCGCCAUGCAGGGUAUCGGCCAGUUCGCUGCUGGUAUCAUUGCUCUUAUCGCUAUUUCCGGCUUCAAGGGUUCUCUCAAGAGUGCCAAGAACCGUGGCACCUGCACCGGUGUUUGCGGCGUUGCGGUCGACAAGAUCUGGCGUAUCAUCAUCGGCUUCGGCGCUGUUCCGGCUUGCAUCGCUCUUUACUACCGUCUCACCAUCCCCGAGACUCCUCGUUACACCUUUGAUGUUACCCGUGACGUUGUCAAGGGUGGCUCAGACAUCAAGGCCUACCUCAGCAGCACCCCCGAAGGUGUCCCUGACGAGAUUGCCCGCGUCCAGACCAUGCGUGAACAGGCUCCUCAGCUUGAGAUCCCGAAGGCCUCGUGGUCCGAUUUCGCGCACCACUACGGCCAGUGGAAGUAUGGCAGUGUCCUUCUCGGCACUGCUGGUUCCUGGUUCUUUCUCGAUGUCGCUUUCUACGGCGUGUCCCUUAACAACUCCGUGAUUCUUCAGGCCAUUGGCUACGGCAGCAGCACCCCCAACAUGUACCUUUACCUGUACAACAUCGCUGUCGGCAACAUCAUCCUUGUCUGCGCCGGCGCUAUUCCUGGCUACUGGGUUACCGUCGCCCUCUGUGACACCAUCGGCCGGAAGCCAAUUCAGAUGAUGGGUUUCGUUCUCCUCACCAUCUUGUUCUGCAUCUGGGGUUUCGGUUACUACAAAAUUGGUCACCACGGCCAGCUUGCCUGCUACGUUCUGUGCAACUUCUUCUUCAACUUCGGCCCGAACUCGACCACCUUCAUUGUGCCGGGUGAAUGUUUCCCAACUCGCUACCGCUCGACCUCGCACGGUAUCUCUGCCGCCGCCGGCAAGAUUGGUUCAAUCAUCGCUCAGGUCGCCAUCGGUACUCUUCGUACCCGCGGUGCUACCCCAAGCAACGCAAGCCCUUGGCUCAACCACGUCAUGGAGAUCUACGCUCUCUUCAUGUUGUGCGGCUGCUUCACCACUCUCUUGAUUCCGGAGACCAAGCGUCUCACCCUCGAGCAGUUGGCAGGCGAGGUGCCAGGUACUCCUCAGUUCGACCCUGCCCUUGCAGGCAUGUCGGCGUCGCGCAACAUUGACCGCAGCGACUCUGACCCGUCUGACGAGGUUGCUGCCGAGAAGGCACACCAGCAGGUGUAGAUUAGCUAGCGGAUGGCAUUUGUUUUCACUCGUUGGUAAUGAGACCCCACGGCGGCGUGCAUAGAUCAAUAUCACUUGCCUAAUCGACUAUAUUAUAUAGCACUCAACCUCUGUACAUCAUCGUACUCUUCCUAUUUCAAUUUUGCUGCAUAAUUUCGCGUUGAUCAGGUAGUCAAGUUAUCCCGAGCUAUGAUAGUUGUUUGACACUUUUAUGCUUCCAU